GAAUUCUUUCUGGAAUGGGCCUGAGUCGUCAUGAGAACCAAGGCCACGUUUUCUGUGAUACUUGGACAUCUUGUGCAAGGACCCUUCGUCGCUCGUUUUUGUCGCGCUUUGUUUUCUUUUUUCUUUCUUUGUUUUCGCUCUCGAAUUACGCUCUUUCUCGCUCGGUCAUUUUCCCCUCCCGCUCCCGCUCCCGCCAUCCCCCCAACCUGUUCUCUGUUUUGUCUUUUCGUCUGCGUUCUUGAUGUAUUUGUAUCUCGCAAUUUUCUCUCUCCUCCCCUCUUCCCUCUCUCCCCUCUCUUCAACUUCCGCUGUGCAAUAUGUCAUUCCGUCCUCUACCAUCUCCUCUCUCUUGGCUUCGACUUUCACCUUUCACUUGUCUCCACCUUUCCCCCCAUUGAACGCUUUCCAGCAAGUUACCAUUUACAAGUUAAAGUUCCUGUUACCGUGCCCACUUCCCACUUUCCUUUCCAUUCUUGUCCGAUUGCAUUUUCUUCUUUCAAACUUUGUGUAUUAUUAAAUAUAUUCCGUAGCCCUUUUUACUUGCACGCUGGCCCUGCCAUUCAUUUCCACCGUCGUUACAUGCCAUCCCCACUUCCUUCGUACACAUACACGCUGUCUUUUUCUUGUAUGUGGUUUUGCAUGGCUUGUACGUUGUUUUUAGUUAGUUAGUGUACACGGCGUUGUCAUAAUAUGAUGAUAAUGUGUACUUUUU